CAGUGAUGGCUGAAGCAACAGAGGGAGGGGAAGCUGGAGCUUCGUCGGCUAAUUUACUUGAUUUCGACCUCCAGUUGGAUGAUGCCGAGUUUGACUUGCCCUCAGUUGAAAAUCCUACGCUUGAAAGUAUCUUAAAUGAGCCCGAUGACCAGGAGUCCAUGUUGGAUGAGGACGAGCUGUCCAUGCCGUCUUCUCUCCAGCUGUUUCGGGAGUCCGGAGAUACCUCUUCCCUGUCAAGUCAGGACAGUAUGCUCUCUGACAGACCAAGAAAUCGGGAAAAGAAACGUAAGGGAAUUCAUUAUGCAAUCCAUGGAUCUGUCUUGAAGCCCAGCAAACUGAAGAGUAUCUCUGCCCAGUUACUGUCUGCCGCUGAUCGUGUGGAUGCUGGGAUGCCUACAGCUAUGGCUGUGUCCGCUCAGAUAGCCAUUGGAACUUCACAUGGACUGGUGCUUAUCUUUGACCCCAAACAGGUUCUCAAGUGGUGUCUUGGCAGCACAGCCGUCGGGUCACAGUACGGGUCUGUCUCCGCCAUCAGCUUCAACAGGGACUGCACACGCCUUCUCAGUGGCUUUGCCAAGGGACAGAUUACGAUGUGGGACCUUACCAACGGGAAACUUCUACGGACGAUAACUGAGGCCCAUCCUCCUGGAACGGCAGUCCUACACAUCAAGUUCACAGAUAGUCUUGUUUUGGCCAUCUGUAGUGACAGCGGAGGCUCCGUGUUUGAGCUGGAAUUCAAGCGUCUGAUUGGUGUUCGCACGUGUGAAUCAAAGUGUCUGUUUUCUGGAAGUCGAGGCGAGGUAUGCACCAUUGAACCGCUCCACAUGAACCUAACCAUCAAAGACCACCCCAUGCAGGAUGUUAUGGUUAUUGCCAUGGCAACGAUGUCAAAGGUACUUCUAGUGACAAUACGACCACAGCUGAAGGUUUUCUUCACCCAUCAGUUAAAGGGUGACCCAGGGACUCUCCCCCUCCUGGCCUGGCAGUUUGUCAUCAUCCAGGUGUCGGAGAGUGACCGAGUGAUUGAUCCCGUUCUGGCCUUUGCCCGCGACUCUACCAUACAUUUCUACCAGGUGAUAUGUAACAACGGCCAGGAUAUCCGCUGUUCAGGGCUACAGAAGAUUACAGUACAGUACAAGAUCCUUGGUAUACAUUGGCUGAAUACACGAACACUUGUCGUCAUGGAUACUACAGAAAAGAUGCAUGUGAUCGACGUGAGAUCAGAAGAUGAGAUCGAGGUACUGGAUGUGUCCGAGGUACAGAUGGUCUACAAUACGAGCUUCUUCAAGUCCCUAGCCAAUGGUGGAAAUGUUAGCCAGGCUUUGGCCUUUGCUGGUGAACGGGCGUGUUACCAGACAUUGGUCAGUCAUGGUGGUCAGCUGUUCUUACUCGGAACAAAGACGGUCCAUGUAUACGCUCUGCGUAACUGGAGAGAUAGAAUAGAUGUGUUGGUGAAACAGAACCGAUACCAAGACGCCCUAGUGCUCGCCCUGUCCUUCUACGAGGGGAAGGCCAAAGGUGUGGUCGGACUGACCGGGUCUCACCGCAAAAAACAGGAAAUGGUGUCUCACCUUAUGCUGGACCUGCUGUUUGAUUUUGUUGACCUCUCCAUGACAGCGCUGUGUCCCGAACAAGGCAAGAUUGAGGAACUGGAGGAGCACUACCAGGGGAUAGUUCCGGUCUGUGUAGAUUACUGCCUUCACCUCGACAGAACCGAUAUUCUGUUUGGACGGAUUUUUGAGAGGUUUUCGGCAGACAUGAUUGCCCAUGGUGUCUUCCUCGAGUGUUUGGAGCCGUACAUCCUGGUGGACAAGCUCACCUCGAUCCCUCCCACUGUGAUGAAGGACUUUGUGGAUAACUAUGAGGGCAAAGGCAUGCUGGAAAAUGUUGAAGCAUGUAUCGUCCACCUCGAAAUCACAAGUCUGGACAUACACCAGGUGGUGAGUCUGUGUUGGGGACACGGGUUGUAUGACGCCAUUAUCUACGUGUACAACCGAGGGAUGAAUGACUACACUACACCGUUAGAGGACCUUAUCUCCACACUCAGGGCGGCUGUCGACACCGGCAAACAGCUGUCGGACAAUCAGAUUAGGCUUGGGAACAAACUGCUUGUGUAUAUCAGUUGCUGUUUGGCAGGCCGAGCCUAUCCACUGGGAGAUAUAGCUGAUGACUUCGUGACAGAAGUUAAAGAAAGUGUUUACCAGUGUGUCGCCUGUUUACAUACAAAACAGUACUCAGAUGAUGAGCCAGCCUAUCCUCAUCUGAGGACACUGUUACAGUUUGACACUCGAGAGUUCCUCAAUGUCCUGGCACUGGCCUUUGAAGAAUCAGAAUUCAACAGCGACCAAGGGGUACAGAAGAGGCAGAGAAUGGUGGAUGUCCUGUUACAGGUCAUGGUGGAGAGUGUCGGCUUCACGCCUACACAGGUAGGGAUCCUGUUUACCUUCCUGGCCAGACAGAUGGCACGCCAUGAAAACACCAUCGUCGUCAACCGUGUGCUGUUUGAUCAGGUGUUAGAGUUCCUGUCAAACCCGUCUGACGAGUCUCGCCACGAGGAGAGACAACAGGCACUAAUGGAACUACUGCAUGCUGGGGGACUGCAACAGAUUGACGAAGACCGGCUCCUGUAUCUUGCCGAAAAUGCAAAAUUUUAUCGAGUCUGUGAGCUCCUUUAUGAAAAACAACACAAGUUUGGUAAAAUCCUGUCUUGUUACCUAAGGGAUUAUUCUAGAAAGUAUCACUCGUUCAGCUAUAUCAACAGUAUAGUGAACAGUGAGAGAUUUACUGAGCUGGAGAAGGAAGAUGUCCGUCAGGAGGCCAUGGCUCAUCUACAGGAGUUGGUAGCUAUCGACUGUAAACAGGCAGCUCAAAUUGUGAUAACGGCACUGUCCGGCAAUCUGUCCGCUGUGGUCAAAGAACUAAACAACAAUCCAGCCGUCCUGUUUGAGUUCCUGCAGGGGGUCAUGUCUUACAGAGAUUCCAUGGGCAGCGCAAUCCACCAGGAGAGACAAGUAGUGGUAGAGCCUCAUAUCUUUGAGCUGUACAUCGACCUGAUGGCUCAGCAUCGUCCUAACGAUGUCUACAGCUACAUCAAACUCAACGAGGGCUACAGACUGGAACAGACACUAGAGAUAUGCAGAAAGCACAAGCUGUCGAAUGCAACAGCCUAUUUACUGGAGAAGGCAGGAGACAUUCAGGGAGCGUUUGGUAUUAUGUUGGAGAAUCUACAGACUAAGCUAAAGAACGUAACCGAUGUAUUACUAGGAGCAACAGUUCAGAAAGAUGCCAUAAUGCUGUUCUCUGAGGUGCAGCUUGAGGUAGUGGUCAUUGUCCAGCUCUGUCAGAGGAAUUCUGGGAAAAUGGACGAGGCCCAAAGGGAGUUGCUGUGGUUUCCUCUGUUAGAAACCAUGAUGUCUCCCCAAAGAAAACUUAAAGAUGUACAAAACAAGGAGCUACUAGAAGAAUUCAAAGAACCUACACAACAUGUGUUGACAAGUAUGAGUGAAUACAUUCAACUCCCAGCGAUUUUACAGAAGAUUAUGCAGGAUCCUGCCUAUAGCACAGGCAAGUUUGGCGAGGUCAAGGAUUUGAUACUAGGCAUGCUGGAAAAGUAUAACUAUGAGAAGACACUAAGAAGAACAUGUAAGAAUUUAUUGAAUCAUGACAUCCAUGUUCACCUGCGAAGUCUGACCAGCGUGGCAGCCAAGGGUUUCGUGACAAAGGGAGAUAACUGUGAUCGGUGCAAUAAACCUUUCGUGUCCCAGCAGUCGGAUGUGGAUCACGUCAUUGUGUUCAGGUGUGGCCACGGUUACCACCUGGGAUGUCUACGGUCAGUGGGCUCUGUCCACAUGCUGGAGGGCGAGGAGUUGUGGGCAUGUUAUCUGUGUAGUCACUCUAAACGAGGGCAGGUCCACAGCAGUCGUUUCCACCGAUCACUCUCCACUGCUACACAGUCGGCACAGCAUACCCUCAAGGACAAACCAAAGGAGAUGUCCUUGGAUCCUCAACAUCUACAAGCCAUUGAUUUUGUACGCCGGUCCAUGAGGACUCCAUCAAGGAUUGCCAUAUUGACGGAGCUGUCAAAACCCGACCAAUCAUCUCGGGCCAGCAGAGCUGGAUCAACUAUAUUUAACGAAGAGAAUUUCCGACUAAAGUUAGCCCCGCCACCUGCAAUGGAAGUUUCCUGACAACAUGUUUCUUUGAUAUUCUCAUUAACUAGGACAUUUCAUCAUGUCAACUGCAGUGAUAUUGUCUUUAAUUCAGUACUGUUAACCUACAUAUUUUAGCUGUAAGCUGAUUUUAUCACUUAUCAUGGUUUCCCGGUUUCGUAUUCAGUACAUAUUCGGGGGUUUAAUUUCGCUGUGCACCCAAAUCCCAUGAGUCGUGCAAAAUAUUUUGACAGUCAUUAUUUAAGGGUUAAACCUCAAAAAACAGGUAAACCGUUUGAAAACACUGAUCCUGAGGGUCGUCAUCCGCCAGUGAUUUCACUCGGAAAGAAAAUCAAAUGUGCAUGUACCUUUGUAGGAGUAAACUAUAAUCAAUUAAUCACCCACUAUGUACACAUAAAUAUGUUGUGGCCACUUAUAUGU